CCUUUUGAAUAUUUAAUUAGAAAGGAGUCCAUGAUUUUUGAGGGGUUUUGUUUCUCUUUCUCGCAUUGAGUUUUGAACUCUUCAUCUUCAACUCGGUAACGCGCAGCUCAAUUCGAAGAUACAUUCACAUUUUUCUUCCACAAAUUCUGGGGUGAUUGAUUCUCAUGAGAGAAAGAUUCGACGCAUGCAUUCUAUGAUCAAUUCUUUAUCCGAGUUCUCCGAAAAAGAUGGCUACUACACAAGUUUCCUCAGUGAAAUCAUGGCCGGAUUCACGAAGUUUCACACGAGCUUUGGCUUUAGCCUUUUCUGAGUGGAUACUGUUGUUCAUGCUCUUCCUGCACGGAAUAUUUUCCUACUUGAUCACAAAGUUUGCAGAUUACUCCGAGCUCCAAUCACCAUGUGUUCUGUGCUCAAGACUUGAUCAUAUUCUGGGGAAGAAACCUUUCAAACAUUACUGGGAUUUGAUUUGUUCUAAACACAAAUCUGAAAUCUCUUCCCUGGUUUACUGUCACGCACAUGACAAGCUCGUUGAUGUUCAUGGAAUGUGCGAGACGUGCCUUUUCUCGUUCGCUACGAUCAACAAGUCCAAUGCCGAGACAUACAGAUUACUGGUUGGGAAACUGGGCGAAAAUUCUUGCUUUGGUUUGAAUAGUGAUUCUUCGCAUAGUUCACUUUCUCCAAGCAUACGGUAUUGUACAUGUUGUAACCAGCCAUGGCUUCCACGGGCUUAUACUCAAGUGGCUGAACCAGAAGUUCCGUUCAACGUUCCUUCGGUUGGGCUUCUUAGAAUCGAGAAACAAGCUGUACAGGCUCGGAAUAUCAUCAAGAAAAAGGUUGGGUUUUAUCAUUUGCCACAUGUCGGGUACUCCGAGCUCAAGAUUCAUUCAGAUACGGAGUCUGAAGCUGUGUUUUCAGAUGAUGAAGAAGGAGCCGGUCUGUCUAAAGGGGAUCAAAAUACGUUUCAGACUGUGGACCUGGAGCCUCGGGUUAUCACUUUGCCCUAUGAUAUGGCCACUGACAAGCUGAUAGACUCUGUCUUGUCUUCAGAGCCUUUGGUUUCAGAUUCAGUCACUUAUGCAGGAACAGACAAAAUCGGGCAUGGCCUGAAGGAACUUAAUUUACAAGAGAUCCAUCGAACAAUGAUAGACUCUGUUCCUCAGCUUAUCUCACUUGAUGACUUCCCCGAGAAAGAUCUCAUUUCCUUCAGCGAUGUCCCUUUAAGAUCACAUGCCAAGGAAAUUCCUGCUAAGCUUGUAGAAGAAAGAGAGCAGAUUUUCCCACAUUAUAUCUCUUUAACAGACUUUAUGGAACAGCCUGUGGAUGUCUCUUCACAAUUAGACAUCCAUGAAACUCCGAUGAGUAGGUUAAUGGAGACGGAGUUUAUCACGUUCGAUGAUGAUGUGCCCUCAACAAUGGAUGCUGGGAGAAUUCCUGCCGAUGUCUUAGACGGGAUUGAACUUAUACCCCUUAAUGAUAUUCAUGCCACAGCAGGAGCUCGGGAGAACGGCAAUGUUGUUAGUUCGUUUAAUGACGUUUCUCAGUCAUUGUCUACAAACAAAAUCUCUCUUGAGGUGUCGAACGAGAGUGAGAAAAUAGCGGGUAAUGGUACAAAUGAAAUCUCCCUUGAGGCAUCCAAGGAGAGUGAGGAAAAAGCGGGUAAUGGUACAAAUGAAAUCUCUCUUGAGGUGUUGAAGGAGAGUGAGAAAAAACCAGAUAAUGAUAUAUGUGCGGCUUCUGAAGGUAUUAUCUCAUCUUCGGAAUCCAUGGAUCGCGUUUCUGAAGUUCCAACAAUAAACGGAACCGUCGAAGUUAAAGAAACAAAUACUGCAGAAAACAACAAGCUUCACCUCGUCAGAGAUGAAAACAGCACAACUCAGCCAGCUCCUAAAGCAAAUCCCUCAUCGGUCCUUUAUGUGUCUGAAAUGCCUCCAGAAUCAGCUCCGGAAUUGAAUUCUUCUUCGUUCAUGUCAAUGCCAAUAGCAACGGAAACAAACCCUUCUCGAGACGAUUCUUUGACAGAAAGGAAUGAAUCUCUGGAUCUUUUGGAUGCAUACAAGAUUGCUGUAAGCAAUGGGGUUCAGAAGCAAAGCUCGGGGGUACAAACCGAGCAGUUUACAGGAAAAGAUUCUUGUAGAAUCAGUGAAGACCUUAAAUCACUGCUUACGCAAAUAUCAGCUUCUCAGGGGAUUGAGUUGUUAUCACCAAGAGAUAUAAGCCCCAAGAUAUCGGUAAGCAGUGAAGACAUGAAAAACCUCGAUGAUAUGCAGUUGCUACUUCAGAAAAGAAUGCUCGAGAGAAACGAGAGCAACUUAUCGUUGGAUGGAGUUGCUGUAAACGAGAUCGAGGGAGAAUGUGAGAUGGAUCGGUUAAAAAGGCAGGUAGAUCACGACAGGAAGUUACUGACGGGUUUGUAUAAAGAACUGGAGGAAGAAAGAAACGCCUCGACAGUUGCAGCAAACCAAGCCAUGGCUAUGAUCACGAGGUUACAAGAAGAUAAGGCGUCGUUCCAGAUGGAAGCCUUACAGAAUCUGAGGGAGAUGGAAGAGCAAGCCGAAUACGAUAUGGAAGCGGUACAGAAGUUGAAUGAACUGCUCUCCGAAAGAGAGAAAGUGAUUCAAGAUUUAGAAGCUGAGCUUGAGUUUUACAGGGAAAAAGCGGAAGAACAUCAUGAAACAUUGAAAAACCCGGAUGAAUCCGAGACUGCAGAGAAGGCAUCUGAAGCGGAAUCUCCUCAUAAGAGAACGAUACAGAACUCAUCACUAGGGUUCGACGAUGAAAGAUCAUACAUCACCGAUUGUCUGGAGAAGAUAGAGAAGAAGCUCCAACUUUGUUCCAACCAUGCAGACAUAUCAAAUGGCCUGAACCAUGUAAAUGGCGAUGCUUCCCAUGAGAAAUCCAAAUAUGUGGCUUCUUCAGUGGAAGAUGAGGUCUCUGAGCUGCACGAAAGGCUCGAAAGGUUAAAGGGAGACUUAUACUUUCUAGAAAAUGCUAUAAACUCACUUGGUCAUGGGAGCGAGGGGGUGCAAUUUGUCAAGGAAAUAGCUUCUCACUUGCAAAUACUACGAAAGCGACAUGAGACUGCCAGUUGAAACUUUCACAAAAGGUAGCUUACUGGAGAAGUUAUCAAACCAAGGAUCUUUGAAGAAGAUUACAUAAACUAAAAGAAAAAAAAAAGAAUGGUGAAAAGCUCCAGAAACUGUACAGCAUCUUCAUGGGGUUACCCUUGUGCACAGUUAAAGGAAUUUUUAUGAUUUUACGGUUUGAUCCUUUCUUCCAUUUGUAUUCUUUUAGACCCCGUAAUUUUUUUUUUCUUAUGGGGUAAAGUUCUUGGGCAACUGUUAAUUUUUUUUUCAUCGUAUAGAUUCGCAGUGUAUUCGUUCUUUCUAACACUUGUGAAUGAGUGUGGGUUUGUUUGUAUUCUACGUUUGGUUUUCUUUUGGGGACUAGAUUGAUUGUUUUGAAUAUAUGGGGGCUGUGGUGAAAUUA